UGGCUGCAUGGGAAGCCAGGUCUCUUGAUCCAACAUUUGGCUGUCGACAAACCAAACAAACACCUCUCCAUCCCGUCAACGUCCUUGAGCCCUCCCCCUCAAGAGACAACCCAAUCCCACGAUUCACGCUUGAUGAUACUCCGUUCUGUCCCGGCGUCGCCAUUUCCGCAGCCAUCACCCUAAUACCUUGCCUUCUCUUUUCGAUCCGGCAGAGCUGAUCGUCACGCCCAGCUCCAAAUCGCGCGGCUUCCAUUUUCGCGAUCUCCGUAGCCUCCAGCAAGCGCACCGCCCAACAGCCUCGGCUCCCAUCCAGCGCCCCGCGCUUCCUGACAUCCACAGAGCCCUUGUCGCGAACUUUUUUUUUCUUUUUGGUUUUGAGUAGCCAGACCAAGCAAGGCUUCCUUGACGCGCGGCCCAGCGCCCAACUUCACAAUGGCGCCGCUCCCCAUCAAGUUCACCGAGCUGCUACAGCUCUCCAGCGUCAACAUCGAUACCUCAGCCAUCGGGUUUAACUCUUGCACACUAGAAUCAGACUCGUACGUCUGCAUCCGCGAGAAGAAGAACGAUAGCGCGUCGCCCGAGGUUGUCAUCAUCGAUCUCAAGAAUGGCAACAAUGUCAUGCGCCGGCCCAUCAAGGCCGACAGCGCCAUCAUGCACUUCACCAGACAAGUCAUCGCUCUGCGUGCCCAGUCGAGGACGCUGCAGAUCUUUGACCUGGAGCAGAAGGCCAAGCUCAAGUCGACGACCAUGAACGAAGAUGUGGUUUUUUGGAAGUGGAUCAGCGACACCACCAUAGGUCUCGUCACGGACGCUGCAGUCUACCACUGGGACGUCUUUGACCCCAACCAGGCCGCCCCCGUCAAGAUGUUUGCGCGCAAUGACAAUCUGAGCGGAAACCAAAUCAUCAACUACCGAGCUAACGGCGAGAGCAAGUGGAUGGUGGUUGUUGGUAUCGCUCAGUCUGGGGGCCGUGUGGUCGGCAACAUGCAGCUAUACUCUAAGGACAGGGGGAUCAGCCAGUCGAUUGAGGGCCACGCUGCCGCGUUUGGCACCAUUCGCCUGGACGGCGCGCCGCAAGAUACCAAGCUGUUCACGUUUGCUGUGAGGUCGGCCAAUGGCGCUAAGCUACAUGUCGUUGAGGUGGACAAGCCUGAAGCCAACCCGGCCUUUGCGAAGAAGAACGUCGAGAUCUACUUCCCCGCUGAGGCCGUCAACGACUUCCCGGUUGCUCUGCAGGUCUCGCAGAAGUACGGCGUCAUCUACUUGGUCACCAAGUAUGGCUUCAUCCACCUGUACGACCUGGAGACGGGCGCCUGUAUCUUCAUGAACCGGAUUUCGAGCGAGACGAUCUUCACCACCUGCCCCGACAGCGAGUCCACUGGCAUCGUCGGCAUCAACCGCAAAGGCCAGGUGCUCUUUGUCACCAUUGACGACACCACCAUGGUCUCGUACCUGCUGCAGAACCCUGCCAACACCGAGCUGGCAAUCAAGAUGGCGUCGCGCGCUGGUCUGCCCGGAGCCGACAACCUGUACGCCCGCCAGUUCGAGCAGCUGUUCAACGGGGGGAAUUACAUGGAGGCUGCUAAGGUCGCCGCCGGUUCUCCCCGCGGUUUCCUGCGGACGGCUGAGACGAUAGAGAAGUUCAAGCGCCUGCCGGCACAGCCUGGUCAGAUGUCGUACAUCCUCCAGUACUUUGGCCUGCUGCUCGACAAGGGAGUCCUCAACCGCCACGAGACCAUUGAGCUGGCCCAGCCAGUGCUGGCCCAGAACCGCAAGCAACUUCUUGAGAAAUGGCUGAAGGAGGGCAAGCUGGACUGCUCCGAGCAGUUCGGCGACAUGGUGCGGCCGCACGAUGUCAACAUGGCCCUGGUUAUCUACCUCAAGGCCAACGUCCCGCAGAAGGUUGUUGCUGGGUUUGCUGAAACUGGCCAGUUCGACAAAAUCUUGCCGUUCUGCGCCCAGUCCGGCUACCAACCUGAUUGGAUCCAACUGCUCCAGCACAUUGUCCGUGUCAACCCCGACAAGGGCACCGAGCUUGCGUCAACUCUAGCCAACCACGAAGGUGGAUCGCUGGUAGACCUUGCACGUGUUGUGGAUGUUUUCCAGGGCCAGAGCAUGGUCCAGCAGGCCACCUCUUUCCUGCUUGAUGUUCUCAAGGACAACAAGCCCGAGCAUGCCGACCUGCAGACCCGUCUGCUUGAGAUGAACCUCAUGAAUGCGCCGCAGGUUGCCGACGCUAUCCUCGGCAACGAGAUGUUCUCACACUUCGACAAGGGCCGCAUCGCCACCCUCUGCGAGCAGGCUGGCUUGCACCAAAAGGCGCUGGAGCUUUACGAGGACCCGGCAGCCAUCAAGCGCGUCGUUGUGGGCAUCGCGGGCACACCCAACUUCAACCCGGAGUGGUUCGUCAACUUUUUUGGCAAGUUGUCGGUCGAGCAAUCUCUGGACUGCCUGGACGCUAUGAUGAAGCACAACAUUCGCCAGAACCUGCAGUCGGUUGUGCAGGUGGCCACCAAGUACUCAGACCUGCUUGGCCCCACGCACCUGAUUGACCUUUUCGAGAAGUAUAAGACUGCCGAAGGCCUCUUCUACUACCUGGGAAGCAUCGUGAACCUGAGCGAGGACGCCGAUGUACAUUUCAAGUACAUCGAGGCUGCGACCAAGAUGGGCCAGUUCAACGAAGUGGAGCGCAUCUGCAGGGACAGCAACUACUACAACGCCGAGAAGGUCAAGAACUUCCUCAAGGAGGCCAAGCUUACGGAGCAGCUUCCUCUGAUCAUUGUGUGCGACCGCUACAACUUCGUCCACGACCUGGUUCUCUACCUCUACCAGAACCAGCAGUUCAAGUCGAUUGAGGUGUACGUUCAGCGCGUGAACCCGGCACGCACCCCUGCCGUUAUCGGUGGCCUGCUUGAUGUCGACUGUGAUGAGAACAUCAUCAAGAACCUUCUGACAACGGUCAACUCGGCGUCGAUCCCCAUUGACGAGCUUGUGUCGGAAGUCGAAACGAGGAACCGUCUCAAGCUGCUGCUCCCCUUCCUGGAGGCUACUCUCCAGGCCGGCAACCAGCAGCAGGCUGUCUUCAACGCCCUGGCCAAGAUCUACAUCGACUCCAACAACAACCCAGAGAAGUUCCUCAAAGAGAACGAUCAGUACGACUCGCUCGUCGUCGGCAAGUACUGCGAGAAGCGCGAUCCCAAUCUUGCCUACAUCGCCUACCGCAAGGGCGGCAAUGACCUGGAGCUGGUCAACAUCACCAAUGAGAACUCCAUGUACAAGGCUCAGGCUCGGUACCUGCUUGAGCGUGCCGACCGUGAGCUCUGGACGUUUGUCCUCAGCGAGAACAACAUCCACCGCCGCUCUGUUGUUGAUCAGGUCAUCUCCACGGCCGUCCCGGAGUCGACAGAUCCCGCUAAGGUCUCGGAGGCUGUCGCUUGCUUCCUUCAGGCCGAUCUCCCGGGCGAGCUCAUCGAGCUUCUGGAGAAGAUUGUGCUGGAGCCGUCGCCGUUCAGUGACAACCAGAACUUGCAGAACCUUCUCAUGUUCACCGCCGCCAAGGCAGACAAGUCUCGCGUCAUGGACUACAUCCACCGCCUGGACGGCUUUAACCCCCAGGAGAUCUCCGAGGUCUGCAUCAACGUCGGGCUGUACGAGGAGGCGUUCGAGAUCUUCAAGAAGAUAGAUGAUAAGACGAGUGCUGUUAAUGUCCUUGUCGAGCACGUCGUUAGCAUCGACCGCGCUCAAGCUUAUGCCGAGGAUGUCGAUAUCCCGGAGGUGUGGAGCAAGGUUGCCAAGGCUCAGCUGGAUGGCCUCCGUGUCACCGAUUCGAUCGAGUCUUACAUCAAGGCCGAGGACCCAAAGAACUAUGCAGAGGUCAUCGAGAUUGCCACUCAUGCUGGCAAGAACGAGGACUUGGUCAAGUACCUACGCAUGGCGCGUAAGACUCUGCGCGAGCCCGCCAUCGACACCGCACUUGCCUUCAGCUACGCUCGUCUGGACCAGCUGUCCGAGCUCGAGGACUUCCUGCGCGGCACCAACGUCACCAACAUCGAGGAGUCGGGCGACAAGGCUUACGGUGAGGGCUUUUUCGAGGCUGCCAAGAUCUUCUACACGAGCAUCUCCAACUGGGCCAAGCUCGCCACCACUCUGGUCCACCUUAGUGACUACCAGGCCGCGGUCGAGUGCGCCCGCAAAGCCAACAGCAUCAAGGUCUGGAAGGAGGUGCAUGAGGCAUGUGUGGAGAAGAAGGAAUUCCGCCUGGCCCAGAUCUGCGGUCUCAACUUGAUUGUUGAUGCUGAGCAACUGCAGGCACUUGUCAAGAAGUACGAGCGCAAUGGCUUCUUCGACGAGCUCAUCAGCCUGCUGGAGAAUGGCCUGGGUCUGGAGCGGGCGCACAUGGGCAUGUUCACCGAGCUGGGCAUUGCUCUGUCCAAGUACCAUCCCCAGCGUCUGAUCGAGCAUCUUAACCUGUUCUGGAGCAGGAUGAACCUGCCCAAGAUGAUCCGCGCGUGCGAGGAGGCCAACCUCUGGCCCGAGCUGGUCUUCUGCUAUGUUCACUACGACGAGUUCGACAACGCCGCCCUGUCGGUCAUUGAGCGUCCUGAGAACUCAUGGGAGCACCAGCAGUUCCGGGACAUCAUUGUCAAGGUUGCUAAUCUGGAGAUCUACUUCAAGGCAAUCAACUUCUAUCUCGAGCAGCACCCGUCACUCCUCACGGACCUCCUACAGGCCCUGACGCCCCGCAUCGACGUCAACCGUGUGGUCAAGAUGUUCCAGAAGUCAGACAACCUACCACUUAUCAAGCCCUUCCUGCUCAACGUUCAAAGCCAGAACAAGCGCAUCGUCAACGACGCUAUCAAUGAUCUUCUGAUCGAGGAGGAAGACUACAAGACCCUGAGGGACUCGGUCGAGAACUACGACAACUAUGAACCUGUCGAGCUCGCCGGCCGUCUGGAGAAGCAUGAACUUGUCUUCUUCCGCCAGGUUGCCGCGAGCAUCUAUCGCCGCAACAAGCGCUGGGAGAAGUCGAUUGCUCUCUCCAAGCAGGACAAGCUGUGGAAGGAUGCUAUUGAGACGGCCGCUCUGUCGGGCAAGACCGAGGUUGUUGAAGAACUGCUGCGUUACUUUGUCGACAUUGGCAACCGUGAGUGCUACGUCGGCAUGCUGUACGCAUGCUACGACCUCAUCCGGCCUGACCUUGUGCUGGAGAUGUCGUGGCGCCAUGGUCUGCACGACUUCACCAUGCCAUAUAUGAUCAACAUGCUCUCGCAACAGACCAAGGAGCUGGCCAUCCUGAAGGCCGACAACGAGGCCCGCAAGGCCAAGGAGCGCGAGCAGGAGAAGCAGGAAGACAGCGCCCCCAUUCUGGGUGGUGGCCGCCUCAUGAUCACCGCUGGCCCUGGCGGCGGUGGCCAGACCUCCCCGGCGCCAUUUGCUGGGGCUAAUGGCUUUGCGCCCCAGCCGACCGGGUACGGCUAUUAGGGCACCGUCCCGGUGUCAGCGCCCGUCCCGGCUUUGGCUGCCCGUCCCCAAGCACCAGUUCCCGUCGCCCAACCAUACCAGUCGGUUGAGCACGUUCACCGCCACCACGUUUUCCACUUUCGCCCUGAGUCUUCGCUCAGGGUUGGAAGUGGCGGCGGCGUCAUGCCGAAUGCGGGAAACCCGUACCCGCCCAUGCCUCCACAGCAUGGUUCUUGGUGAUGAUGGCUAUCGCAACUUCACUGCCAACAGCGCCAUGGGCAUUUACAAAUUUUUUUUCUCGGUUCGAAGCAGUAGGGAGGUAGACCGGAGGAUAUAUCAAAAGAUCGGUUCCGGGGUUUUGACGCAGCAGUAUCUUGAUGCUGCCUUGUUAGUGUUUAUAUUUUGGGGGCGCUAUCGUCGGAUCCCUGGUUUCUCUUCGGGAGCGGCGUGGAGGAAAUGAGGGAAUGUUAAUUUCUUCUCUUUUACUUGCACAUGUGACAGAAACGCGUUUGUAAAUGUAUGAUAGUAAAACACAUUGAAUUUAACAACAAAGAUGUGCCUUCAACUCGA